UUUUCCCGCGCUGUGUUUAGAACGCUGGCACACUUGGCGGGAAUCAAGAGUCGACCGAAUAAGACACAUCUCGAAAACUUCUGUUAAUGAAUCAUGCAGUUCGGAAACAGAAGAAAGAAGUUGAUUGUCAACGCUCAAACUGAACAGCUUUACGGACAUUGUCUUCAAUUCUAUAGUCAGUCUCCUACCGAAAAUAUUUCUCUUUCCGAGUUUGAGACCUUUGCUGUGGAAAGGCUGAAACUGUUGAAGACAGUUGAAAAUCUUGGAGUGAGCUAUGUGAAAACAUCUGAACAAUACACCAAAAAACUGGAUACUGAGUUCUCCAGUUUGAACUUUCCAUUCAGAUCAGAGGCAAUCAUUAAGGAUGACAAGAAAUCUUCAUCUGGGCCCAGUGAAUAUGAGAAGCGAAGAAAGGACCACAUCUCACACUUCAUCCUUCGACUUGCCUACUGUCAAACUGAAGAUCUCAGACGGUGGUUUAUCCAGCAAGAGAUUGACCUUUUCCGUUAUCGCUUCAACUGUCUAAAUUCGAAAUCCAAAAGAGAAUUUCUUCAUUUGAAUAAUCUUCGCUAUGAUACGGUUAGCGUUAUGGAGAAGACGAACCUUGCAGAAAAACUAAUCAACUCAAGCUUUGCUGUCAGUGGAAUCACUGUUGAGGACCAAGACUUCUACAAAGUCCCAUUCCAAGAUGCGUUGGAUCUGGUGAGAACCAGAAAGGUCUACCUGAAGGAGGGCUUCGUCUACGUCCCUCAUAUGGAAAUUGUCACCAUUGUUCUGAACGACUUCCGUACAAGACUGUCCAAAGCACUCGCGUUGACAGCCCGCUCUCUACCGGCAGUGCAGUCUGAUGAACGACUCCAACCCCUGCUUAACCACCUCAGCCAUGCCUACGUGGGCCAGGAUUACAGCAUUCAGAAGAGCAUUGGGAAGAUUUCCUUGGACCAGAUCGAAACGCUGUCGGCCAAGUCCUACCCCCUGUGCAUGAGGCAGCUCCACCGAGCGCUGAGGGAAAGCCACCACCUACGCCAUGGUGGACGAAUGCAGUAUGGACUCUUCCUCAAGGGCGUUGGCCUCACCCUGGACCAGGCCCUGCAGUUCUGGAGGUCUGAAUUUGUUAAGGGCAAAGUGGAUGCCGACAAGUUUGACAAAGCAUAUGCCUACAGCAUCCGCCACAUGUUCGGGAAGGAAGGCAAGCGCACUGACUACACCCCCUACAGUUGCAUGAAGGUGAUUCUGUCCAACCCGCCCAGCCAGGGAGACCAUCACGGGUGUCCAUUCCGGCACACUGACCCGGAGCUGCUGAAGCAGAAGCUACAGUCCUACAAGGUGUCCCCGGGUGGCGUCAGUCAGAUCCUGGAGUUGGUCAAGGGAAUGCACUAUCAGCUGGCCUGCCAGAAGUACUUUGAGCUGACACACAAUAUUGAGGACUCUGGGUUCUCACUGAAUCACCCGAACCAGUACUUUCUGGAGAGCCAGAAGCUUCUGGGUGGUCCUGGGGCUGUGGCUGGGGGAAAGGGGGAUGUGAAGCGGGAAGAUAUCGCCACCCCCAAACCCUCCAAUGUAGCCGUCCGACAGACACCAGGACCAGGGAACCUCCCUCAGGAGGUGGUGGCAGAAAUGACCGAGGACCUGGAUUCGUUCUUCCAAGAUGCUUGAUAUGGUCUUACACAUUCCUGAUCAUGUUUUCCCCCUUUUAGUUUUAAAUCGUGCUCCCAUUCAAUUAAAAUCUUCUGUACUUUUCCACAAUGUUUGUCUGUCUCUGUUAUAUCCAACAGCGUAUGCACUAAUAAAG